UACUGGUAAGAAAGCAUGACAUGAUUUUGUUUAUUGCUGUCAGAAAUAUGGGAUCAGAGGAAGAUUAUAACGUUUAACCUUUUCACUUUGUUGAGGGUCAUAUUACAUGCGUGGUGCACUGUUGAGCAGGGCAUUAGCUUGGUAUCCCUAGGAGCUGUAUUGUAAAACAGAAGUGCUGUGAACGUGAAUACAAAAACAGCCCCAGGCUUUUUUCUGUGGCUACCAGGGAGCAGACUUGACUCUGUAGGGAGGACCACUGAGUCAGAGGGGGAAACUGUUUUCAAGAGGUCUUCCACAACAUUUAUCAAUAUUCAAUAAGGUAUACAUCAUGUCGGCCGUGACCAGUCAGCCUCUCCCAUUUGGUCCACUUGAGCGGGAGAAGCACAUCCAGGGGGUCUCCAGAGCUUUCAAGAACCGUUGUGGGACUUCGUGUGAGUGCCAGACUCACCCAGUGGGAGCCAAAUCGCGCCAAGGGCUUCCUGACAGGGAAUCUGAUGGACACGAUUCAGAUCUUAAUGCUCGCAGGGGGACGCAGAACAUGCGCGCACAGCCACCAGCGCAACUGAUGCUCGAGGCUGUGAAGCAGAACCUUAAAGAGGACGCCGGAUUGCAGUUUUUGUCAGAGUUAGAGACAGUAAGGCAGAUACAUGUCACUGCAAGACCUGAGCUGCAGGGUCCACGGUGUGCCUCCAGAAGGAUUCACAGCAUCACCACAGGAAGUAGCAAGUCCCAGAUGUUUGUGGCUGUAGAGGAGAGCUCCUGCGUGUGUCCCCAGUGCCGCGGUCCAGCUCGGGCCUGCUCCUUCCAGGGUUUUGACUAUCAGGGAAGACAGGUCUUUUACUUUGAAAGGACCCUUAGGGCGGACACCUGCUGCUUUGGCUGCUGCCUGAUGGAGAUGAGGGCAUAUUCACCUCAAAAGCAUCUCGUCGGCACUGUAUGUCAGAGGUGGAGCAUGUUUACCCCUCGGCUGGAGGUGUGCGACCCAGAAGGAGGCUCCACAAUCCGAAUCCAGGGUCCUUGCUGCCCGUGCCGCUGCUUGUCCAACCCAAAAUUCCAGAUUGUUUCCAACAUUGGAGAGCAAAUAGGUACGAUAUGGAAGAAAUGGCCCGGCUUCGGCGAUGAACGUAACAUGGAUCAUGAAUAUUUUGGGCUGGAGGUGUUGCAGACUCUGGAUCCACAGACUAAACUCCUGCUCCUGGCAGCUACUUUCUUACUGGUAAGUAUGGAGCUGCUGUCAGUGAAGCUGGUUGAUGCAUAAAGAUUAAAGCCGUACAUCUUCUCUCAUGCUUUUUAUAAGCGAGCAACAUCCGUAGUUUAUCCACAGCAUCUCAUCAACCACCAAAG